GCCCGUGGCGAGCUGAUGCAGAAGAGUUGCAUGUGUCACUUCCUGUACGGCAGCGAGACCAGCGACCGCCUCACCUCGCAGAUGCAGAAAGCUCUGGAUGAACGUCGGGAGUUCAAGACUGAGAUUAUUCUGUACAAGAAGAGUGGUGCCAAGUUCUGGUGUCUGCUGGACAUCGUGCCCAUAAAGAACGAGAAGAGCGAGGUGGUUCUGUUCCUGGUCUCACAUAAGGACAUCACAGAAAAUAAGGAUCUGGACCAUGGCAAUGAAUCUGACACUGAUGAGGAAACUGGGCUCGAGAUCCGCCCGAUCAGCCGCCCUCCAGGCUUCAACAUGGAGCGCCGCCGCAGUCGGGCCGUCCUUUACCAGCUGUCUGGACACCUACAGAAACAGGACAAAACCAAGAGCAAGCUGAAGAUCAACAAUAGUGUUCUUGGAGCCAAUGCGAACCCUGUCCCAGAGUACAAGGUGGCAGACGUCCAGAAGUCCCGUUUCAUCCUCCUUCACUACGGUGCGUUUAAGGCCGGUUGGGACUGGCUGAUCUUGCUGGCCACCUUUUACGUAGCCGUCACUGUCCCCUACAACGUCUGCUUCAAUGCGGUGGAGAUACGAGAGGACGGCGGCUCAGCAGCACGUAACCCUCCAUGCGUCAGCGACAUCUUGGUGGAGAUACUGUUUAUCAUCGAUAUCGUGCUGAACUUCCGAACCACCUACGUGAGCACGUCUGGUCAGGUGGUGUACGACCCCCGCUCCAUCUGUAUCCACUACGUCACAUCCUGGCUGUUUGUGGAUCUGAUCGCCGCCUUGCCCUUUGACCUGCUCUACGCCUUCAAUAUCAGUGUGAACUUUGGGGUUCACCUGCUGAAGACGGUGCGUCUCCUCCGCCUCCUGCGCCUCCUACAGAAGCUGGAUCGUUACUCCCAGUACAGCGCCGUGGUCCUCACCCUGCUUAUGUCUACGUUCGCCCUGCUGGCCCACUGGAUGGCCUGCGUCUGGUACUUCAUUGGACGUAGCGAGAUCGAAAGCAAUAGCCCCGCCUCCUGGGAUAUAGGCUGGCUCCAUGAACUAGCCAAACGCUUGGGAACGCCAUACUUCCUGGCACCGCUGACCUCCCUGCUGGGAGUCUCUGAUUCGCCUCAAGGCACCAUGACAGCCGGCCUGACCAACUUCAGCCAGUGGAAUGGCACAGGGCUGGAGACACUAAAUGGAGCGGGUUUGCUGGGUUCAGGCCAAUGGAACGGCAGCAGGACCAGAGCGAGGACCCCGAACGGCUCGGGGACAACACUGAGCGGCGGUCCGUCUGUCAGGAGCUCCUAUGUGACAUCGCUGUAUUUUGCUCUGAGCAGUCUGACCAGUGUGGGCUUUGGCAACGUUUCAGCCAACACAGACUCUGAGAAGAUUUUCUCCAUAUGCACCAUGCUGAUUGGAGCACUAAUGCAUGCUGUGGUGUUUGGUAACGUGACCGCCAUCAUCCAGAGGAUGUACUCCCGGCGCUCCCUCUACCACACCCGCACCAAGGACCUGAAGGAUUUCAUCCGAGUGCACAGGCUCCCAAAGGCCCUUGAGCAACGCAUGAUGGAAUGUUUUCAGACAACCUGGUCUGUCAACAACGGUAUCGACGUCAGUGAGCUGCUGAAGGACUUCCCAGACGAGCUGAGGGCUGACAUCGCCAUGCACCUGAACAAAGAGCUGCUAGAGCUGCCGCUCUUUGAAUCAGCCAGCAGGGGGUGUUUGCGCUCCCUCUCCCUCAUCAUCAAGACCUCCUUCUCCGCUCCGGGAGAGUUCCUCAUCCGCCAGGGCGACGCCCUCCAGGCUAUCUACUUUGUAUGCUCAGGCUCCAUGGAAGUACUGAAGGACAACACUGUGCUGGCCAUUUUGGGUCGGGGCGAUCUGAUUGGCUCUGAUUGUCUGACCCAGGAGGAAGUGAUUAAGACCAACGCCUGUGUGAAGGCCUUGACCUACUGUGACCUGCAAUACAUCAGCCUCAAAGGACUCCGUGAGGUGCUCUGUCUCUAUCCCGACUACGCCCAGAAGUUCAUCACUGAGAUCCAGCAUGAUCUAACGUACAACCUGCGGGAAGGGCACAACACUGAGGGAGACUGUGAGAGCAACGGAGGGAUUAUGAAGAAGCUUCCAUCCAUCAAGGAGGAUGAGGAGGGAUCCGGCUCUGAGGGUGAACACUCCCCUCUCCCCAAGAUGCCUUCCCUGGGAAGGCUGGGCCGAGGUCUGCGCUCCCCCCUGCGCUCCCCUCUGCGCUCCCCACUACUGCCUGCAAGAUCCUUGAGACCAGUGAGCGAUCAAAUCCGACCCGCCAGCCUGCAGAUCCCUGUGGUGAGCUUUAACUGCCUGCAGCCGGACCUCAGCCCCCGGUUUGUGGAUGGGAUCGAGACAGAAAACCAAAGCGGUCCAUCUCAUAAGUUUGAUUUUUCUCCCAGUGCAACUCAGAGUUUCCUACCCAGCCCUGAUUCAGCUACCUCAGGGGCCCGUGAUGAGAGUGACACCAUGCAGACUAUUGCUAAGCUAAAACAUGAGAUGACCAUCCUAUCCCAUCAGGUAACCGCUGUCAGUCAGGAGCUGCAGGAAAUGACCCGUCUUCUCAAACCCCUCUUCCAUAACACCUCCACGCUGCUGAUACCCGGUGCUAUGACUCCGCCUCCCAGCGUGUCAUCACACAGCUGCUCCCCGGCCCCGCCCCUUCUUACCCAACAUGCACCUGUGGGCUGUUCAGAGGAUCAAAAUCCUCCACCAGUUCUGCUACCCGAACCGUCCUCUCCCCAGCUGAGCGUGAUGAAGGCGUUACAAGGAGAGUUUGAUCCGCUUCAGUGUUCACCCUCCCAGAAUCCUCAUCAGGCCGGUACCGCACCCCUAGCCUCUCACUUCUCAGCUCCCCCGUCGCUCAACAGCUCUCCCCAUGAGCACACAGUCGUACGACCUCCCUACUCCUCCUCCUCCAUCCCUUCUCUUUCUUCAUCAAUCCACCCAUCAUCUAUCACUCCCCUUUUGGUAGACUUAUCAGGACCUGGUAGUGAGCCACAAAUACAGCCUCCAUCCCAGUUCAUAUCCCAGUCUUAUCCCCAUUCCCUUUCCCAGCCUCAGCUCCAGCCCCUUCUCCAGCCCUCCAGCAUGGCAUCACACCCCCUAGAGCCCCUCCAGAGCCCGCCGGAGGUGGAGUGGGGAGAGCACACCGCCCAGCUCAGCUUCAUCGAUGAAGGACAGCCUUCGGUGUGAGCAGAGAAGAAGAAGAAGAUCCAGACAGGAUC